UUCACCCCCCACAACCCCAGAGAGACCCGGUGCAGCCCGCAGAGCCCGUGCGAUCGCUGUCCGCUCCCCCCGCCAGUCGGAGAGGCACGAGAUGAGGCUGCUUCCCGCUGCUGUCACGCUGUCACUGGCGGUGGCCCUCGCGUACUACGUGUACGUCCCGAUGCCCGAUGCCAUCCAGGAGCCCUGGAAGCUCAUGCUGAUGGAUGCAGGAUUCCGAGCCACGAUGCAACUGGCCUCCGUGAAGGCUUGGCUGGGCAUCGACCAUUACAUCGGCUCAAUCCGCCGGUCCACGGCGGGUUUUGAAGGCAUGAUGGAGGGGCUGCUGGGUCCCGAGCAAGGCGGCGGCGUCAUGCCCGGGGUCAAAGUCAGCGACAUCACUUUCGCCGGCGUCCCGGUCCGCGUGUACGAGCCGCCAGCCGGAGGGGAGGGUCACCUGAGGAGAGGGCUGAUGUUUAUCCACGGCGGAGGCUGGGCCCUCGGCACUGGAAAAAGGGGGUCGUAUGAUACGAUCGGCCGGAUGCUGUCCGACGAGCUCAACACUGUCGUGGUCUCUGUUGAGUACCGCCUGUAUCCAGAGGUGCACUUUCCAGUGCCGUAUUUAGACUGCCUCGCUGCUGCCAAGCACUUCCUGUCCCCGGAGGUCCGGGCCAGGUACGCCAUCGACCCCGAGCGCGUGGCUGUGUCAGGUGACAGUGCUGGAGGAAACCUGGCCGCUGCCGUUGCUCAAGAGAUUUCCACAGAUGAGACCAUGAGUGCGAAAUUCAGCGUUCAGGCGUUGAUCUACCCGGUGCUCCAGGCUCUGGACUUCAACACGCCCUCCUACCUGCAGAACCAAAACAUACCCAUCCUCCACCGGCCGCUCAUGGUGCACUUCUGGCUGCAGUACCUCGGCGCUGACCUCUCCCUCCUGUCCCAGGCGCUGGCCAACAACCACAGCGCCUUGGAAAACUCCAACAUCACCCCGGAGCUCAGGGCGCGUCUAGACUGGACCGCCCUCCUGCCCCCGAAACACAAGCGGGACCACAAGCCUCUGAUUCCGAAGAAGGGUUUCCAGGGGACGUGGAAGGAGGUGCCGGGGCUGCUGGACGUGAGGGCGUCGCCUCUGUUAGCGGGCCCAGAGGUUUUGGCGAAGUGCCCCCGAGCGUACGUGCUGACGUGCGAGCACGACGUGCUGAGGGACGAGGGCCUGAUGUACGCACGGCGCCUACAGGACGCGGGCGUCUCGGUGACCAGCGACCACUACGAGGACGGCUUCCACGGAUGCUUGAGCUUCAUAACCUGGCCGCUGGAAUUUGAUGUGGGGAAGAGAGCACUGAGGGGUUACCUCGACUGGCUGCAGGACAACUUGUAGGAGCGUGUGGGAGUGAGCGAGCGGGCGGAAGGGUCUUUGUGGUUGCAUGCAUUGUGUUUGUUUCACUGCUUUAUCAAACAGAGACUUGUUAAGGGCUACAUGUCAUUUUUGUUUAAAAAGAAAAGCUCAGGGCCCUCAUGUUCUUGCAGAUAGACACACACACACACACGUGACAUAUGAAGGUCUGCUAGCCGUGAAACAUCUGCCUGCAGUGCAGAGGGGCAAAACGUAACAUGGCUUACAUUGUGACCAGCUUAUAAAAAUACCUUAAAAAAAUGUCACAAGCUUUGCACUAGUGUAAUGGAUGAAUAAUUCAUCUGCUUCCACUGCGGAAACACGUACGUUCACUGAUUUUUAUUCCCACAAACACAUCAGCAAUAUUUUUCACAUGUAAUUGCUUUUAUACUUAACUUUUAGAACGAAGCCAACAAAAAUAAAAGCCAGCAGUUAACUGUCUGUUGCACUUAGGAAAAAUAUGUGAAAAGGUUUGGUCUGAAAUGUCAACAUUGGAUUUAUUGUCGUGUUUUCAGUCCUAAUGACAGCGCUGACCUCCCCAACUGAAUUUUGUGAUUUUCAGUUAAAUAUUUUUGUAACUAUCACAUUGGCUAUAUAUUCACGUGUAAUUACCUUUUUCAUCCAUUAACUUUGAAAUAUCUUGUCGGAAUUGCAAUUUUCUUACUCAGAAAAACACCUGCUCAUAUCAGCCUUUGCAGUACUUUUCGCCAAUUAUUAAAUGUGAGCAUGGUGAAAAGUAUCUGCUUAGCAGCAGCACAAUUGCUGUCAUUGAGGGCAUGUUAGCAUGCUAGCAUUAGCAUUGAGCUCAGCAGCCUUGCUGCUUGCUGCCUGCAGACUCGUGUUGUAGGAAGAACAAAGUCCACUUGACACAGAUAACGUGUGUAAAUGAAAUAUUCUUCAGGAGGACGUUCACUCCGCUUCUUGUGGGCUUUUUUGUGUGUUCAACCAGCUGUGGUACACAGCCAUGCUUGAUAAUCACUAUAGUGUUAAUCACGUUGUGUUCUAUUUAAUGGAUGUUGUAUGUACCUAAUAAUGUCCAUGUUUUGCCCUAAACUGAUUUAAAGUAACAUGCAGGUGUAAAAUGAAUUCUAAUUGCAAUUGUCACAUCUUUUAAACAUUUCAUGCGGGACACAAGUACUUCCCGUUUCUGCUGCUUGCUGUUGUGCUUUUUGAACAAACUGAUGAAUAAAAGAGUCAUUCUUACAAA